AUGGCGGCCGAGAGCGGGAGCUCAUCGGACGAGAGCUUGUCGAGCACGAGCGACAAAUUCGACCCGUUGAAGGCCCUCUACUCCCCGAAACUACGGCUGCCACAUCCAACGGCUCCGAUCUACGACAAUGUUUGCAAAUACGAAUCCGUGAUGAAAGGAAUAGCUCAUAUUUCCUCGAAAAAAGAUGCCGCGCCGGGGAGAGCGAGCGGGGCCGCGGGACAGUCGCGGCGAAGGUUUUUGCCGCAUCAAGAACCCGUGCAAGGAAAAGGUCGUGGCAGGAGGAACGAGGACAAGAACCUCUUCGCCAAGAUGGAGAAGAGUCUGGGACCACUUGGGAUGCUCUAUACCUACAUGGAGAACAGAACCCGAGUUAAGGUCUACACCAGAAGCGAGCGCGGUGUCAGAGGCCACGUGGAAGCAUACGUGGUGGCCUUUGAUAAGCACUGGAACCUGGCUCUGGAGGACUGCCUGGAGGUUUGGACCCGCAAGAUCAAGAGGAAGGCACCUGCUCUCGGUCUCGCGGCCGAUUCGAGUGCCCGGCCCCAGAUGCCGAAGGUGAUCGUCAGACGGACCGACGCUAAGGGGGAGACUCUGGAGCGCCACGUCCCGCAGCUGUUGAUCCGGGGCGAGCAGGUCGCCGUCGUCGUCAAGAUCGGCUGAGGGCGGGCUCCCGUUCGAUCUGGAUCGGCCGUCGAUCCGGGAAUCGGCGACCACCCUGGUCGCUUUACGACGCGACUCCACCUGGUGCGCUCACCCGCGGCGCCGAGGGCUUAAUGAGAAGCGCCUCGUGGGAACGCUCGUAUAACGAAAAGUCCCGGCAUAAAGUAUGCGUUUUGUACGCACUCUUCACGUAUUUACGUAUUUACGUGCGGUAUGGGUGGUCCCCGAUCGCGGCCGGCCUCGCCGAUGGUGUCGACACUUCCGCCAUGGGGAGCACCUCGCGCCGGCGACCCUCCGCGGGACGCGUUGCACUUUUCUAUCCGAUUUUUACGAGUCUCCCUAAAGCAUUGGAUUUACCAGUUUUACUUAAGCCAACAUUAACGCGUAGAAUGCGACUCGCGAGAAUAAGACGGCUAAUCGAGCAUCGUGCGAAUUAUGCGAAUCAUGCGAAUGGAACGUACUCUGUGGAUAAAAUGACUUUACACCCCUCUAUAUGAAAGGUGUAAAAAUUGUUGAACUUGCCCGAGAAGGUACUGCGCCGAUAUCGAUGACAGAAAUCUCGUUUUUGCGAAUUAAUUAUUUCAUCAAGUUUGUUUGUUUGUCUGUUUACGUAAAUCGUGAUUAAUCUACGGUGGAGUCAUAUUUAGAGGGGUUCCUUCUCAGGCGAGGUCGAGCUCCGGAGCGGCUUUAAUGAAUUUCCAGGAUUUUUCACGUCGCAAAAGUGCAUCGCGGCACCGCGACACGGUGAAAGCAAGCCGCGG